CUUCGCUUCCGGCCGCCGACGAUGUCGCCCAGCGUGGCCGAGCGGCUCCUGCAGCGCCUGGAGCGGGAGGCGCCGGGACCCGGGGGCGGCCUCUGCAGCCUGGAGGCGGCCGCCGCGCUCGGCCUCGACCACCAGACCCUGGUGGGAGCCGUCAAGAGCCUGCAGGCGCUGGGGGAGGUGAUCGAGGCGGAGGCGCGGGCGGCCACGCGGUGGGAGCUGAGCCCCGAGGGCACGGAGGUGCUGCGGGAUGGGAGCCCCGAGGUGCGGCUCUUCCGCAGCCUCCCCGCGGAGGGGCUGCCCCAGAGCGAUGCCAUGAAGCUGCCCGGGGGCUCCGUUGGCUUCAGUAAGGCCAUGGCCAACAAGUGGCUGCGCCUGGAGAAGGGGGCACCGGGAGGACCCCGCGUCUUCCGUGCCGUGCCGGAGGUGCAGGACACGGUGCAGGAGGCCCUGCGGCGCCUGCACCAAGGGGAGAGCGAGAGUGUCCCGGAGCGCGAACGCAACGACCUCAAGAGGAGGAAACUGCUGCUGGAAGUCACCCUCAAAUCCUACUGGAUCCGGAAGGGCAGCGCUUUCAGCACGGCGGUGGCGCGGCAGGAGACGGAGCUGACGCCGGAGAUGAUCGCGACGGGUUCUUGGCGGCAGCUCCCCUUCAAACCCUACAACUUCGCAGCGCUGGGGCUGCCACCGGCCGCAGGGCACCUCCAUCCGCUGUUGAAGGUUCGCUCCGAGCUGCGGCAGAUCUUCUUGGAAAUGGGGUUCACGGAGAUGCCGACGCAGAACUUUGUGGAAAGCUCCUUUUGGAACUUUGAUGCCCUUUUCCAGCCGCAGCAGCACCCGGCGCGGGAUCAGCACGACACCUUCUUCCUGCAGGACCCCGCUGAGGCCAAUGAGCUCCCCCCUGGUUACACAGCCAAGGUGAAGAAGGUCCAUUCGCAGGGAGGUUACGGCUCGCAGGGGUACAAAUACGAGUGGAAGCUGGAGGAGGCACGCAGGAACCUGCUGCGCACCCACACCACGGCCGCCAGCGCCCGCAUGCUCUAUAGGUUGGCCCAACAGGGGAGGUUCUCACCGGUGAAAUACUUCUCCAUCGACCGCGUGUUCCGCAACGAGAGCCUGGACGCCACGCACCUCGCCGAGUUCCAUCAGGUCGAAGGCGUCGUGGCCGAUCGCGGCCUCACCCUCGGCCACCUCAUGGGCAUCCUCCGGCAGUUCUUCACCAAGCUGGGUAUCAGCCAGCU